AUGAAAACCUUUGGGGUGCGAUAUCUGAAGUAUUUGAAGGGUUCCCGGGCGGCGUAUGGCGGUUCGGCUGGUUCACUUCUCGAUGACUAUAUGAGACAGGGUGGUGAGGCGCAUGCGGCUAACCUUCCACCAUCCCAGAAGUUUUUCUACGCGCGUGAUGCGACGCGGGAUUCAGGUGCCUCCCAGAGGCAUAGGACAGUGCAACUUCGACUUGGUUCUGCGCAAAUGUUAAGUCCAACGACGGCGAACAUAGCUAAUAACAACGAGGCGCAUCCCUUGUUCUUUUCGCAAACGGCUCCGCGUGGGGCCGGAUUAUGUAUUUCACUCGUUGUGGCGCUGAAGAAGCUGGGGAUCGGGCGUCUCACAGAGUUACAAGGAGCUCUCAUUCCUCUCUUACUGAAGGGUAAACAUGUCAUCGCUCACGCGGAAACCGGGACGGGAAAGAGUUUUGGUAUCGCACUUGCCUGUGCCAAUCGAAUAAUUCGUGAAAAUAUCAAUUAUCGUCUUCACACUGUCAUUAUUGUCCCAACUCAGGAAUUGGCUCUUCAAUAUGACAAGUGGUUGCGCCAUUUUUGUGGCUCCACUCAACAGGUUGUUCAAGUUGCUAUCGAGAGUAUAACGCUUGAAGUGCAGUUGGCCAAGCUACAUAACAUUCAACCUCAUGUGUUGGUGGGAACCCCGCAGCGAGUUGCCGAUGUGCUACGUUUCAGUCCAACCUUGCUUGGGGAGAAACUGCGGCGAAAGGUGGACUGCGUUAUUUUGGAUGAAGCCGACAUUGUUUUAUUUGGAAACAUCCGAUUUGGUCGGCAACACAUCAGUGGGAUUAACUUGGUUGAUCGCUUGUUUCGUAGCCGUCGUGAAGAGGUUCCCGCUCAGAUUGUUGCAGCCAGUGCGACUAUAGAUGGUCGUACGGCGCAGGCUCUUAAUAUGUGGAUGCGAAAUGACAAAGCAGUUAGGCUUACUACCAGCUUCGUAGAGCACACUAUUCCUCAAACAAUCAGCUUUUACUUUUAUUCGGAGUCUCGCUCAUAUCCGCUCCCUCGUUCUCUUGAACUCAUAUUACGGUUAAUAUGUAAACAGGAGGCGAAUCCGCGUGUACUUCUUUUUACAACCCAGGAAGAGGUGGGGAGUGUCACUAACCAAUUAAAUACUCUGAAGAGCACUAGCCCAGAGGUACAAAAGUGGUUACGGUGGAAUGGCAAACGGGAGAUCGCAGCACCAUUAGAGACGUUACUCGACCCGGAAAAGGGAAAACCAAAACGCAUUUGCAGAAGUAAAGGGGACGUUUAUGUGAAGGACAACAGCUCUAUCGAAAAGUUGAACACAGGGUUACUACUGGUUGGUGUGAGUAGCCACAGUCUUAGUCGUGGGAUACACAUAAAUGAAGUUACACACGUUAUCCUCUUUGGUGAAUGCCCACCAGCUUCUGUAUUUGUUCACUGUGCGGGACGCACCGGGCGGAUGGGGAAGGAGGGCCAUGUCGUUCUGUUGUACCCACCACAGUCAGGGCGUACAGUGCAGCAAGUGUGUGAGGCAGUGGAAGUACCUUUUCUUCCUGGGAGAAUGGAGCAGGUGGAGGAGCUGCUUUUGGGGGGCGAUUUUUCGUCCGUAGAUGCGCUGCGUGAGGUUUCAGGUGCUAAAUGUGCAUAUUGA